AUGGACCAAUACGCGUAUCAGCUUCCAACCAACUACAGUAGAAACAUUCCACCUGGCAAGAACACCACCGUAUAUAUAGGAAUAAACGUCAACAGAGUUUCUGGAGUCGAUGAAAAUAGAGAGGAGAUAACACUGGAUGUAUUCCUGCAAGUUUCGUGGGAGGAGAUACGGCUGAACGUGCCGCCUGGAAGGUCGUUUAUAGAUCUCCCAUGGGAGUUUCGCCAGCUCAUAUGGACGCCGGACCUGUACAUCUGGCAACUUCAGACUAUGAGAAUACUUUCUGUUCUACAGGAGAUGGCGUCGUUACGGCUUUAUGCCAAUCGCACCGUGUCAGUCAGUAUUGGUGCCACAAUAACAAUAAAAUGCGAGAUGGACUUCGUGCUCUACCCCUUAGAUGUACAGAACUGCGCAAUAGACUUUAGCAGUUACAAAUACACCACAGAGGACGUCCGUUUCGAGUGGAGGGAAGUCGCCCCAUGGUUCGGGAUCGCCGGGGAGCAGCGGCACGAGUUCCGACUGCCGAAAUACGUGGUCACCUUCGUCACGGACAAAAGUAAUCAUAUUCGAAAUUUUGGUGAAGGUGAACACUCAGCAGCACGGCUUCAAAUCAAGCUCUCACGAGAGCUCAGAGGUUAUUUGCUGGAGAGCUACCUUCCUUCUUCGCUGUUCGUUAUCAUCUCCUGGGGAAGUUUCUGCGUCAUUCCCGAGAUAGUACCAGGAAGAAUGGUACUCCUGGUGACUACAUUACUUUCACUCGUCACGAUGUUCGAUACUGUGAGCACGAACUCUCCUGAUGCAUUGGAACUAAAAUGCAUUGAAGUAUGGCUGAUCUCAUGCACGUUAUUCGUGUUCCUUGCCCUGCUGGAAUACUUUGUGGUCCUGUUCGGGAUCCGGUACGACAAGAGCUGGAGUCGACGGCGGCAGGACUUACGGCGAGCUGCCUCCGCAGCGCAACUUGCACCACCUUUACAUAUGAAUCAUUCACAGAGGUUAAGUACCCCAGUGACUGGUACACCCCAAGGCGGCGUCUUCUCUCCACAACUGAGUGUCGAAGACGAGGGCCUCAAACAACAGUUUUCACAUCAAACUAUUCAGAGGUCCACCUCUUCGGAAAGAAGGAGUUGGAGAGGAAAUAGAGUUGGAUGUGAGACGAGACCCGUUAGUAAGGACUCACCAAUUUUGGAGGCGAUGCAACAAUCUGGGAGCGCAAACGGCGUUUGGGCGCGAAUUUGCACGUCGGCCGAAAAAGGUGUCAUGUUCUGUGGUGCACAGCAUGGCGCUUUAGACAGAUACGCGCUUAUUGUGUUUCCAUUGUGCUUUAUACUUUUCACAGUGAUUUAUUGGACCACUUACCUCAGUGAGGCACAUCGGGCGAUGCAUAGCACGCGCUACGGGUGA